UCUUGUUUUCUCUAUAUAAGCCUUCAUCAAAGUACUCUAAAUUCAAUCAACACAUAUCGAAAAUGGCCCCUCACUUCCCCUUGUAUGUUUUCCUCCUUUCUUUAACAAUCCCACAAUUCAUAUCCACUUUGGCCGAAUUAGAUAAUUACAUUGUCCACAUGGACUUAUCAGCCAUGCCAAAAGCCUUCUCUAGCCACCACACUUGGUACUUGGCCACCAUUUCUUCCAUACUGGAUAACACUAGAGCCACCACCACUACCACCACCACUACCUCUUUGUCCUCCUCCUCUAAGCUCAUCUAUGGAUACAGUAAUGCCAUCCAUGGUUUUAGUGCUAGUCUCUCUCCAUCCGAGUACGAAGCGAUAAAACAAUCCCCGGGCUAUGUUUCUUCCUAUAGAGAUAUGCCGGUUAAAAUCGACACAACUCACUCGACCGAAUUCCUUGGGCUAAAGUCGGAGUCGGGUACGCUGCUAGCUGCAGAACAGGGAAAAGGUGUCAUAAUUGGGGUGGUCGACACGGGGAUAUGGCCAGAGAGCAAGAGCUUCAACGACGAUGGAAUGACUGAAGUGCCCUCAAGGUGGAAAGGAGAGUGCGAAACUGGCACCCAAUUCAACUCAUCAAUGUGCAACAAGAAGCUUAUUGGAGCUCGUUUCUUCAACAGAGGCCUUCAUGCAAAAUUCCCCAAAUUGGCCUUUUCGAUGAACUCCUCACGGGACACCGACGGGCAUGGCACCCACACUUCUUCCACGGCAGCCGGGAACUACGUCGAGGGCGCGUCGUAUUUCGGCUAUGCUUCGGGAACUGCCCGAGGCGUGGCUCCAAGGGCUCACGUGGCCAUGUACAAGGCCUUGUGGGACGAAGGUCCGUACUCAUCCGACAUCAUCGCCGCGAUUGAUCAGGCGAUGAUCGAUGGCGUUGAUGUUCUCUCCCUCUCCUUUGGCUCGGACGGUCUCGAAUUGUACGAAGACCCCAUCGCCAUAGCUACAUUUGCAGCUAUGGAGAAGGGUAUUUUUGUCUCUACAUCAGCAGGAAACGAGGGGCCUGACAUUGCGUCACUCCACAAUGGGACCCCUUGGGUCGUCACUGUUGCUGCUGGCACCGUGGACCGGGAAUUCCAAGGGCUUAUUACCCUUGGCAACAACGUUUCAAUCUCAGGCUCUUCUCUCUUUCCAGGGAAUUCAAAUCCAUCUCAAUUCCCACUUGUUUUCAAGGGUUUCUGCAAUAAUACCGAGGAAUUGAAAAAUGUUGGGCACAAGAUUAUUGUGUGCCAAGACAAGGACGAUUCCCUAGGCGAGCAAGUUUACUAUGCCCAAAAUUCAAGUGUGACCAUGGCGAUCUUCGUUACCAACACGAAGGAUUUGGAAUUCUACAUUCAGACCACAUUUCCCGCAAUUUUUCUCAAUCUUGAAAAGGGAGAGAUUGUUUUGGACUACAUCAAAAACGGUGACGACCCAACGGCGAAAAUCGAUUUUCAUCAAACGGGACUGGGGACUAAACCAGCACCUAAAGUGGCUAGCUAUAGCUCAAGAGGCCCAUCCCCAAGCUGCCCAUUUGUGCUCAAGCCUGACCUUAUGGCCCCUGGCUCAUUGAUCCUAGCCGCAUGGCCUCCAAAUAUUCCAACGGGGGAUUUGGCCACCGGGCCGCUUUUCGGUCAGUUCAAUAUCUUGUCGGGCACGUCCAUGGCCUGCCCUCAUGGUGCAGGGGUCGCAGCGCUUCUCAAGGCGGCUAGGCCUGAUUGGGGCUCGGCCGCCAUUCGUUCCGCCAUGAUGACCACUUCUUAUUCGAACGACAACGAUUUCAACCCGAUUAAAGACCUUGGAAAUAACGACAAAGUUGCUACUCCUUUAUCCAUCGGGUCCGGCCAUGUUGACCCAAACAAGGCGCUAGACCCCGGUCUAAUAUACGAUGCGAACAUCACAGACUACGUGAAUCUUCUUUGUGGAUUAAAUUUCACCGCAAAACAAAUACAAACCAUCACGAGGGGGACUCCUUAUAAUUGUUCAAACCCGACUUUGGACAUCAACUACCCUUCUUUCAUUGCAUUUUUCAACGCAGAUGCGCCCGAAACUGUGCAAGAAUUUUCUCGUACGGUGACCAACAUUGGAGUGGGAAUGACGAAUUAUAUAGCGAAAGUGACACCAAUGGAGGGGUUCAUACUUAAGGUUGUGCCUGAGAAACUGGUUUUUAGAGAGAGGAGCGAGAAGCAGAGCUACAAGGUGAGUAUUCAAGGACCGAAAACAAUGAAGGAGGGUACGUUGGCGUUUGGGUAUCUGACUUGGGUUGAGGUUGAGGGUGACCAUGUGGUUCGAAGUCCGAUAGUGGCAUUAAGUUAGAGUUCAUAAGUGUUCAAAAUAUUUACAUGUGUUUAGCCCGCUUAUAAGUUUGAGAGUCUGCUACACAUAAGUUUACACAUGAGUGGACGUGUUGAAUGUAUAAAUAAUAAAGUUGUCCAUCUCUCUAAUAGCUUAAGCUUUUAGAUGAGUUGAUAGUAACAAUCGAAUAAUAAGUAGUGAGACAAAUCGUAUUCAGUGUAAUAAUCUUCCAUCAAUAUUUGUUCUUAAA